AUGGGUUCCUUAGCCAGUGACAACAAAGCUGAGAGCGGGCCGGAUCUCGGCACCAUCAAGGAUGUAGCUGUGAUCGGCGCAGGUAUUAGUGGUGUUGUUUCAGCCGCUCAUCUCCUCCGAGACGGCUUCAAUGUGACUGUAUUCGAACGAACCGGCGUGGUCGGCGGCGUAUGGGAUUAUGAGCCCCAACCGGAUAGGGAUCCGCCGUUUCCUAAUGUUAGACCUCCAGCUCCCAAUUGGGAAGAGGUUGAAAGAGAAGGACUAAGCUCGGAUGAAGUCGCCUUGAUACAUGGUCCACCAAAUCCAUGCUAUGCUGGGUUGAAGAACAACAUCCCAACCCCUAUUAUGCGAAGUAGUCUGCUGCAAUGGCCAGAGGGUAGCGAAGACUUGGUGGAUCAAAAAGUAGUCCACCAAUACAUCAAAGACAUCGCCCAUAUUCACAAUGUUUACGACAAGAUAAAUUUCAACACGCGAGUGGAAAGUGUAUCAAAGCCGGAAGGCGACAAAAAGUGGACCAUCGUGACCAGCACAUUUGCUAGGACAAAGUCGGGUCACACGCUGACUAAAAAAACCUCGAAAUUUGAUGCUGUGGUGGUAGCGAGCGGUCACUAUCAUGUUCCAUUUGUACCUGAUGUCCCUGGAUUAUCGACGUGGAAAGAGCGUUUUCCGGGUCGCGUCACGCAUUCAAAGCAAUACCGAACCCCUGUCCCUUUUAGUAACCAGACCAUCCUCAUAAUUGGCGCCGGUGUCUCGGCCUUGGAUAUCGCCAAGGAAACUUCUCAGUUAGGAGCCAAGAUAAUUCAGAGUAGACGCGAAAGCAAGUUUGAUAAGCUUGUAUCGCGUUUACCCGAGGGCGUCGACAGGGUUGCGAUGGUUGCGGAGUUUAUCCCUGAUGUGGUCGACGAUGGCGCCAGUCCCCAGCACCUGGAGCCCGGUCAAGCGAUACCGGGAAGAGUUGUGCUUGAAGACGGAAAGGUUAUUGAGGGUAUUGACCACGUUGUUAUUGCGACGGGCUAUAUCACGUCUUACCCUUUUCUCGGAGAUUUGGAACAGCCGUUGACUGCAUGGGAGGACGCAGACGAGAAGGUCCUCAUCACAUCUGAUGGAUACACCACGCACAACCUACACAAAGACAUUUUCUACAUCCCAGAUCCCACGUUAGCAUUCAUCGGCGUUUCCCAUCUAGUGUCGACGUUUUCGCUGUUCGACUUCCAGGCCCAAGUAGCAGCUAAAGUCUUCGCAGGACAAGCUCAGCUGCCCCCUAAAUCGAUUAUGAAGGAGGAACACAGGGAACGCAAGGCUCGAUUCCAGCCUGGAGAUAGGUUCCACAGUAUGUAUGCGGAGGAAGAUGCGUACAUCGACAAAGUUUUGAACUGGGUUAAUGGGGAUCUGACGAAGGCAGGUGUAGAUCCGCUACCGGGUAUGGAUGGGGUGUGGAAGUCCAACUACAAACUAUUCCAGCAAAGACUUACGGGCUCCUAG